AUGGAGAAGAAAUACCAAGGAAAUGCAGAAUGCAAAUUGUGUAAAGCGUUACUUAGCUAUAAAUCCACAUCAAACAAUUUACGAAAACAUUUGAUGCGAAAACAUCCCACAAUUAGCUUAACUGAAGAGACAACAUCGCUUACUAAAUCACUAGUGAAUGUAGAAGAUAUAUCUGAUCAAACACAACAUGUAAGACCAGGUCCGUCUAGGUCACAUGUCGGUCAGGCCACUCUUUCAACAUAUGUACGAAAAAAAAAUCCUAGUGGUUCAAAAAAGAGAAUGGAUGAAGCACUCUUACUUCUCUUUAUUCAAGAUCUUCAGCCAUUCACCAUAGUAGAGGAUGUUGGUUUUAAAAAAUUUAUUUCUGCUAUUAAUCCAGAUUACCAGUUGCCAUCAAAAAAAUAUAUAACUCAAACGGUUUUACCAGGUGCCUAUGAAAUGGCUUACAAUAAUUUAAAGGAGUUAAAUAACAUCAAAGCAGUUUGUUUAACUACCGAUACAUGGACUUCCAGAAAUACAACUUGUUUUCUGAGUCUAACCGCCCAUUACAUUACCAAUGACUACGAAUUACAUAAUGCUGCCAACAUAAAAAAAGCUAUUAUAGAUGACCUGCAAUUAAAUCACUUCAGAUGUUACGCACAUACAUUAAAUUUAGUUGCAAAAAAAGGGAUAAAUAACAUCGAAUUGAUAACAAGCAAAUUACGCGUCAUUAUUGGUCAUUUCAAAAGAAGUACAUCGGAUAACGAAAAAUUUUUUAUUCAGCAACGACAACCAUACCCUAAUAAAAAUCCAAGGAAACUGAUCCAAGAUGUGGUAACAAGAUGGAAUUCCACAUUCUAUAUGCUAGAACGUUUUUGUGAAUUGGAAGAAGCUAUUCGAACCACCAUAUCAUUAAUUAAAAAGGAAUUAUCAGUAAUUACUUCAGACGAAUGGGAUAUCAUCAAAGAAUUGGUAACAAUUUUAAAACCACUAGAAAAUGUGACCAACAUUAUUUGUGGUGAAAAGUACGUAACAGCGUCUUUAGCAGUUGUACUAACGGACGGUUUGUUAGCAACUUACACUGACUUUAAAAAUCAAGAUUUUACUGACGUUAUCAUUAGCGUGGUUAAAUCUAUACUAAAUGGCUUAUAUGUUAAACUGAACAACUUAGAAGAUAAUAAUUCAUUGGCACUUGCCUUGUUACUAGAUCCACGAUUUAAAACUUUAGGGUUUAGUAACAGCGUAUCUGUGGAAACAGCAACAAAUCUAUUGCAAUCAUUGGUAGCUCAAUCAAUUGCCGAUAGCAAUACCAAUAAAAAAAAUAUCACACACAAACCAAUAAAUGUUGAUCCUCAUUCAAUAUGGAAAACUUUUGAAAAGCAGCUCAUAAAGCAACAGCCGGUAGCUGGUAAUUCAUCACAAGCAAUAAUUGAAGUGCAAAGAUAUAUUGAGUUACCUACAAUAGAAAGAACAGAAAAUUCCUUAGUUUGGUGGAACAAGAAUUUUCAUAAUUUUCCGAAUAUUGCUAACGUUCUUCAGCAGAAAUGUAUUACUGUGGCAACAUCUGUUCCAUCCGAACGAAUAUUUUCGAAAUCGGGUUUUAUAUUGUCAGAUAGACGAAACAGACUCGGCGAAAAAAAUUUAGAAAAAAUAUUGUUUUUAAAUAGUAACCUCAAGAUGUAA